AUGGAAGGUGCAAAACAAGGCAUUGUCGUGGCUGGUGGUCAAGGAAAAGGAAAUGAUCUUACACAAUUGUCAUAUCCUCAAGGAGUCGUUGUCGAUCAAUUGGGCACUGUCUAUGUGGCUGAUGAAUGGAAUAAUCGAAUCAUGCGUUGGCCUAAAGGAGCCACACAAGGAAGUGUCAUUGUUGGUGGAAACGUAAACAUAACGGGUGCGACAAAAGCUUCUGGAAAAAUGUCACUUCGUUUUUCAUCGACUAAAACAUGA